AUGUCUUACAAGGUUGCCGACAUCUCGCUCGCCGCUUUCGGCCGCAAGGAGAUCGAGCUCGCCGAGCGCGAGAUGCCCGGACUCAUGUACCUCCGUGAGAAGUACGGCGCCUCGAAGCCCCUCAGCGGUGCCCGCAUUGCCGGCUGUCUCCACAUGACCAUCCAGACCGCCGUCCUCAUCGAGACCCUUACCGCUCUCGGUGCUGAGGUUACCUGGUCGUCGUGCAACAUCUACUCGACUCAGGACCACGCCGCUGCCGCCAUUGCCGCCACUGGUGUCCCCGUCUACGCCUGGAAGGGCGAGACCGAGGAGGAGUACCUCUGGUGCAUUGAGCAGACCCUUGCCGCCUUCCCCGAGGGCAAGUCGCUCAACCUCAUCCUCGACGACGGAGGUGACCUUACCUCGCUCGUCCACGAGAAGUACCCCCAGUACCUCAAGGACAUCAAGGGUGUCUCGGAGGAGACCACCACCGGUGUGCACCACCUCUACAAGAUGUUCGCCGACGGCAAGCUCAAGGUCCCCGCCAUCAACGUCAACGACUCGGUCACCAAGUCCAAGUUCGACAACUACUACGGCUGCCGCGAGUCGCUCGUCGACGGCAUCAAGCGUGCCACCGACGUCAUGAUCGCUGGUAAGGUCGCUGUCGUCGCCGGCUUCGGUGACGUCGGCAAGGGCUGUGCCGAGUCGCUCCGCACCUACGGUGCCCGUGUUCUCGUUACCGAGAUCGACCCCAUCAACGCUCUCCAGGCUUCGAUGUGCGGCUACGAGGUCUGCACCAUGGAGGACGCCGCUUCGCGCGCCAACAUCUUCGUCACCACCACCGGUAACCGUGACAUCAUCACCGCCAAGCACUUCGAGGCCAUGCCCGAGGACGCCAUUGUCUGCAACAUUGGCCACUUCGACGUCGAGAUUGACGUUGCCUGGCUCAAGGCCAACGCCAAGCAGGCCGUCAACAUCAAGCCCCAGGUCGACCGCUACACCAUGGCUUCGGGCCGCCACAUCAUCCUCCUCGCCGAGGGCCGUCUUGUCAACCUUGGCUGCGCUACUGGCCACCCCUCGUUCGUCAUGUCGUGCUCGUUCGCCAACCAGACCCUCGCCCAGAUCGCCCUCUGGACCGAGAACGAGAAGUACCCCCUCGGCGUCCACAUGCUCCCCAAGGAGCUCGACGAGGAGGUUGCUCGUGCCCACCUCGCCCAGCUUGGCGUCAAGCUCACCACCCUCUCGUCUGAGCAGGCCGAGUACCUUGGUCUCCCCGUUGCUGGCCCAUACAAGCCAGCUCACUACCGUUACUAA